CUCCUCCUAGUCAGACUUUGUUGCUCUCCUGCCCCGCAAGUCCUUCUCCAGUCUCUCCGCGGAGCCGAAGAACAGCUCGACAAAGUCCCGGCCAUGGAAGGCGACAACAUAAUAAGGCCUGUUUGACCCGGGGAGAUUUUCCAAGAUGCCAGGCCUUUUGUCCAGUCCUGUGUGUCUGAUAGUCAUCUGGUUUUUAUCCUGGUCGCUGCAACCUAGUUGUGCUCAAAUUUGGACUGAUGAAGUGUCAGGCGUGCAGUAUGGGCAGUUGGAGUCAAAUGUGACACUGGCAUGCGGGAAGUCACAAAUCAGGAUACCUGUGGUGUGGCAUCUCAACCACAGCUCAGCGUUGCCAUGGCACAAAGUGACGUCAGAGGGAACCUUAGUCCUGCUGCAUGUCGACCGCUCGGCACAGGGCAUCUACAGCUGCUAUGAUAACCGGGGACUGCGCCUCCACUCUGUCACACUCAGGCUGGGUUAUCCCCCCGGGCUGCUGAGCAUUUCCUGUCAAGUGCCCAAUCACACGCAUGUUCGCUGCUCCUGGGUGGAAUCUGUAAAGACCUUUCUGCCAGCCCAGUACAAUGCCUCCUUCAGGGGCAACGGUCAAGAGUGGAGGCCAUGUGUUGUGGAUGUUGCCCGCAAGCAUUGUGAUGUAGAUCACCCCGCCUUCUGGCAGACCAUCCAUACCCUUAGGAUCAUUGAGACCAAUGCCCUUGGGUCUGGGACAACAUUUGUCCGGUUUAAGUUACAUGAACUAUUGAAACCAGACCCUCCAGAGUCAGUGUUGGUGAAGGAAGUAGAAGGCUAUCCAAAGAGACUGAUCGUCUCAUGGAACUUUCCCUCAUCCUGGCCACUGCAAGAUGCUUUCCCCCUAGUGUUUCAGAUCAGAUACAGGCCGCUGGGAUCUAUAUACUGGUCAGAGAUUUACUCAGAGGAGAGCCCAGUUGUGAUAUUUGACGCCCUGGCUGGCCACCUCCACCAGGUGCAGAUCCGAGCCCGUGACGAGGUGAACGCUGAGAGCCAGUGGAGUGAAUGGAGCUCCCUGCCUCUAGUCAAGCCCUGGGAAGUCUACACCACCCCUGACCCUGCAGAGGAGCUCCCAACAGAUGACAGAAUUCCAGAGUGUUUUUUUCCCUUUAAUACAAAGCCUGAAACCUCGACUGCAAAAUCAGACAAUUCUGUAAUUGAGGAUGAAGGUAAUCUGGGUUUGGUGAUUCUGCUGGUUUUGUUCUCCGUGGUCAUCUUCAUCACCGUCCCUUCCCUCAUCUAUGUCGUGUGGGUGAGGCAGAGGCGGCGUGAUCACGUGACCAAACAGGAACUCACCUCUAUGGUCAAGAUGAAGUCCAUGCCAAUCUAAUGUUGAAUCCAAGCAUCUUCUGCUGAUCAGCCCGUUCUAGGGCUCCUCCCUAGAGUCAGCCUCUGCCUUUACCAAUGUAGCAUGCUGACUGUCCGCAUUCAACUAGAUUAACCACAAUGCAUCAGUCAGAGUCCAUCCAGGAUCUGGGACAAAAGGGACGAACCCGUACAGGGAACUGCAGAGUAGGGUUAACUUGCUCAGUAUAUAAAAGCUGGCCGACGCGUAGGUUUUGCAUAAAUAACGUGCAGGAAUUUCCUGGACAUAUUCAGUGGUUACAUCCAACUGCACUACCCAGAAUGCAUCAGCAGAUUCCAUCUACUGUCCAUGGGGACACUGAAAACAACCCCUAUUUUGUUUCUUCACUUCAGCAGCUUCACUGCAGUUUACUCCUCCGCUAACUGUAGGAGCAACACUGCACCAGGACAUUUGAGUUCACUCACUACCAAUGCUGCUUCAGGUGGACUGAGUCCUCGACCUCUGCUGGAGAGGGUCGACUUUGUUUUUAGAUUUUGAAAUUUUAAGCAACAAGUAAUGACAGGAAGUGCAGCUGCCAAUCAGGAGAACAUAGGUUUGUUUUUGUGGGAAGAUGAUUUUCUGUGGGACAACUUGCUUCUCUUCUCCCACCCAGAACUCCUCACUUUCUUUAAUUUUGUUGAAAUUCAUUGUGAGACAGAUCAACGUGUGUCUGUUCUUACAUUGACUGACUGACCGACUCAAUGCUGUGAAGGAAGCAUAACUUCUGCCAGUCUCUCUAUGUGCAUCUGAUGCCAAAGCAGCAACUAUGGGCAUUACGGUCUCAGCUGAGGGGCAGGAAGCAACGUGUUACUGGCUCCUGAUCUGAGGGAUGGACAUGGAGAAUAAG